CAAGCAUGAACCCCAACAACCAGCAGCAGUCCAACCGACUGCAACUCAACUUUGGAUUCCAAGGAGCUCAGAACUUUGGCGGCGCUGAGCAGGGCCGCGCCUAUCCCACCACCNCCUCGACCUUCCCACAGCCCUUUCCCAAUCCUCAGGGACAACAGGAGGUCUGGGGCACUGCCCAGCCGGGUAUGAACACCGGCUUCACCAACCAAGGCUAUUUUGCAAACAACCCCUACACCUCGGCCGUCCAGCAACAACAGGCCAACCUGCACGCCCAGCAAGGCUACCGACCUCAGCCCAAUCAAGCACAGCAACAACCACAACAGCAGCAGCAGCAGCAGCAGCAGCAGCAGCAACAAUACCACGAUGCCGCUACCAAUGGCCUGGUGCACCAAUUCUCCAGCCAGAAUCUUGGCGGGCCACCUCGCUCCCAGAGUCCUUAUGGUCGUCAAGUUUCACCCAACCCAAACCCCAACCGUCCGCGUACCGCCAACUCAACCCACCAGCAACAGCAGCACUACUCAGGCCCGUCUCUGUCGGACGAAGAACCUCCACCAAAAAACCCUGAGCGCUUCUCUACCAGCAUUGGCAACCGUGCGAAGCUGCAGACGGAGCUGGUCAGCACUUUCUUCCGUGACAGUGUAGAGCGAGCUCGCGACCGAAACGCUCGACCACGAAUCCUCUGUUUGUUUCCACCGCUGACCCGUUCUUCAGUGNCCCAAGAGCUCGAGACCAUCAUGAAGGAUGCCACAGUAUCAGACUCCCGCAAACAGCAAAAGACGACUAGCAUGCGUCGCUCCGAAGCAAACUUCCUCCGUUUCCUUCGAACCAGCGAGAGACCUCAGAACUACACAACACUCAAGAUUAUCGGAAAGGGAGCAUUUGGUGAAGUCAAGCUCGUGCAGCGCAAGCAUGAUGGCAAGAUCUAUGCCCUCAAGUCUCUCGUCAAGGCUGAAAUGGACCAACUCGCUCACGUGCGUGCCGAACGCGACAUUCUUGCAAAUGCCGACAGUCCCUGGCUCGUCAAGCUGCAUACCUCGUUCCAAGACUCGACCUUCCUCUACAUGCUCAUGGAGUUCUUGCCAGGUGGCGAUCUCAUGACCAUGCUGAUCAAAUACGAAAUCUUCUCCGAGGACAUUACUCGUUUCUACAUGGCCGAGAUAACACUGGCUCUGGAAGCUCCCGACAACAUCUUGCUCGACCGAGGCGGCCACAUCAAGCUUACUGACUUCGGUCUCUCGACCGGUUUCCACAAGGAACACAACGCCUCAUACUACCAACAACUCAUGUCAAACGCACGCUCACGUGCUACCGCCGCAAACCGCCAGUCAGUCUCACUCGACCAGAUUCAAUUGACUGUCAGCAAUCGUCAUCAAGUAAACACUUGGCGCAAGUCUCGUCGCCAACUCGCAUACUCGACCGUCGGUACUCCUGAUUACAUCGCCCCCGAGAUCUUCAGCGGCAAGGGAUACGACUACCGCUGUGAUUGGUGGAGUGUUGGUACAAUCAUGUUUGAGUGUCUUAUCGGAUGGCCUCCAUUCUGCGCAGAAGAACCCCACGAUACCUACCGCAAGAUUGUCGACUGGCCAAGAAACUUGCACUUCCCUCCUGACCAACAGAUCGGCCCCGAGGCAGAGCACUUCAUCCGCAGUCUGAUUUGUGAUGCCGAUAACCGUCUUGGUCGCCUUGGAGGUGGUACCGAAAUCAAGCAGCACCCCUUCUUCCGUGGUGUUGUCUGGGAUCAACUUCGUCGCAUCCGCGCACCUUUCGAGCCCAAGCUCUCGUCGGCAGUUGACACGCAGAACUUCCCCAUCGACGAGAUUCCGCAGACGGACAACAGCGCCGCCCUGCGGGCUCAGAACGAGGCGAUGGGCGGAGAGGAAGCCAGUAUGAGCUUACCCUUCAUUGGCUACACUUACAAGCGCUUCGAUGCUUUCCGUGGUAGC